UAUAUUGUUAUAACUAAAAAAUAAAUAUCAAAGUAGAGAUCUCUGGAAGGAGGGAGUAUAAAAGAAGAGCACGGAAGAGUAGGCAUAACAGAGGAGUGAAGAGAAGAAGAAGAAGAAGAAGAAACAGAGAAUAGAAGAGGAAUCAGAGAAGAAAAUGGGAGUGGAGAAGCAAUUGUUGAGGGCUGGCACCGGUCCCAAGCCACUUCCUGGUCAAAACGUCACCGUUCACUGCACUGGUUUCGGGAAGAACGGCGAUCUUACUCAGAAAUUUUGGAGCACAAAGGAUCCUGGCCAAACCCCUUUCUCCUUCAAAAUCGGCCAAGGCUCUGUCAUCAAAGGAUGGGAUGAAGGUGUGAUUGGCAUGCAAAUUGGUGAAGUUGCUCGUCUCCGGUGCACUCCUGAUUAUGCUUAUGGUGCCGGUGGCUUUCCUGCUUGGGGAAUACAGCCCAACUCUGUUCUGGAGUUUGAAAUCGAAGUCCUAAGUGCGAAUUGAAAACCUUGUUAGUUUGUCUGUCUCCGCGCAAAGAAUAAGAUCAUCUAUUUUCAUGGACAUGUGUAAUGGUAUCCCAAUGCAAUGAGUGAUAUUUACAGUGACUGAGUUGUUUAAUCGAAAUGCUAAAUUAGUUCUUGAACGAUCUCAAACUCUCUUAACAUUAUAUUUCGUACCCUUUACUUUCUUUUUUCA